UGCGUCCGCCGCACCGCUGGGGACCGCUGGGGAGAACUGAAGAGUCCGAGCUGGAGCAAGAGCGAGAUCCCGAGCUGUGUGGAGCGAGGACACGGAGCAUCCCGGAGCCCGAAGUCAACAUGUUUCCAUUCCUGGAGCAUGACCAUGCAACUAAGCCCAGCUCUGGUGCUGGGGAUAACCCUGUGCCUGGGUUGUGGCCAGCCCCCACCACGGACCCCUGAACACCCCUUCUUGGUGCUGUGGAACGUACCCUCGGCACGCUGUAAGGCUCGCUUCGGCGUGCAGCUGCCACUCAAGGCCCUGGGCAUCACAGCCAACAGCGGCCAGCGCUUCCGUGGCCAGAACAUCACCAUCUUCUACAAAAACCGGCUCGGCCUUUAUCCCUACAUUGGGCCCAGGGGCACAGUUCACCAUGGGGGCAUCCCCCAGGCUGUGCCCCUUGACCGCCACCUGCUGUGGGCUGCUCGCCAGAUUCGCCACAGCCUAGCACCCGGCUUCACUGGCCUGGCAGUACUGGACUGGGAAGAGUGGUCUCCACUCUGGGCUGGGAACUGGGGCCGCCGACGGGUCUAUCGAGCCGCCUCACUGGCUUGGGCACGGUGGGUGUUCCCCCACCUGGAUCCCCGGGAACAGCUCCGCAAGGCCCAGGCUGGCUUUGAGCAGGCAGCCCGAGCACUGAUGGAGGACACACUGUGGCUGGGCCGAGCACUGCACCCCCAUGGGCUCUGGGGCUUCUAUCGCUUCCCAGCCUGUGGCAAUGGCUGGCACAGUGAGGCCUCCAACUACACAGGCCGCUGCCAUGCAGCCACCAUCGCCCGCAACACCCAGCUGCGUUGGCUCUGGGCUGCCUCCAGUGCCCUCUUCCCCAGCAUCUACCUCCCGCCCAGGCUGCCGCCUAUCCACCACCAGAUAUUUGUCCAACGCCGCCUGGAGGAGGCCUUCCGGGUGGCCCAUGCUGGACACCCACAUCCCCUGCCCAUCCUGGCCUAUGCCCGCCUCACACACCGGAGCUCUGGGAGGUUCCUGUCCCAUGAUGACCUCAUACAGACCAUGGGAGUGAGUGCAGCACUAGGGGCUGCUGGCGUGGUGCUCUGGGGAGACUUGAGCUUCUCCAGCUCUGAGGUGAGCAUUGCCCUAGGGUGGGGAAAGACCAGGUAUCUGGGCCAGGGAGCAGGAGCCUUGGCACAGCCCUCCCCAUCUCCUCAGAAGGAAUGCUGGCGUCUCCACGACUAUCUGGUGGGCAUCCUGGGCCCCUAUGUGACCAACGUGACCAGGGCAGCCAUGGCUUGCAGUCUUCAGCAGUGCCACGGCCAUGGGCGUUGUGCCCGGAGAGACCCAGGAGAGCUGGAAGCCUUUCUGCACCUGCAGCCAGAUGGCGGCCCUGGAGCUUGGGAGUCCUUCAGCUGCCGCUGUUACAGGGGAUGGGUUGGCCCUAGCUGCCAGGAGCCAAGGCCUGAGGAGGCAGCAUAAAGCCAGGAAUCACCUGCCCUUAACCUCGCACUCCUCUUGUCCCUGCUGCCACCUGCCCAGCCCUGUCCCACCCCUGCUCUAUUCAGCUUACUGUCAACCCUCCCCCAUACACAGGCAACUUCCCUCCAGAUUCAUAGGCAGGUGGAAGGGGGAGAAAAUGCUUCCAUGAUUUUAAAAACAGAGGCCCUCUGAGAUUACCUGACCCCCUCAAGAUGAGGAAGCAGCCCCAUUGUGUGCCAGGGUUCCAACUGGUUGGGGUUGCCAGGCCAGGGCUCUGACCCUGAUUGGGUCCAUGGGCAGGUCACAGGAAACCUGGCCAGGGACAGGUGGCCCCAGAAAAUCUUGGCAAACUCUGGGCCUGCUAAGCUGUUGUCUGUAUUCUGCUUUCAUCAUAAACUCACUUUUUCUCUUGC